AUGCUCUCUAGUGAACGACUUCUUUCUAGUGUCUUAGGAGGAGGUUUACCUAGAUUAUUAUUUGUUCGAACAUUAUUUUUUCGAAAUAAGGAUCAUCCCGAUCAUCCACCAGAACCAUUCAAAAAAUCAGUUCCACCUCAUUUAGAAAAAGCUCAAGAGCAAGCAUUGCAAAAUUAUGAGGACAAAGAUCCAUCAAAAGCAUGCUAUGUUAAUAUUUCGAAACCACUACCGUCAUUGGAUAUGUACAAUGUAUCAAAACGUGGUCUUCAUAUGCUUAUCUGGACAGAUUUACUUAGAGGGAUGUGGAUUGCUAUGGGAUGGCAACUGAGAGAACCAGCUACAAUCAAUUAUCCAUUUGAGAAAGGACCGUUAAGUCCAAGAUUUCGUGGAGAACAUGCGCUAAGACGAUAUCCAUCUGGAGAAGAAAGGUGUAUUGCAUGCAAAUUAUGUGAAGCCAUUUGUCCUGCGCAAGCCAUUACAAUUGAAGCUGAGGAACGUGCAGAUGGAAGUAGACGGACAACACGUUAUGAUAUUGAUAUGACUAAAUGUAUUUAUUGUGGAUUCUGUCAAGAAGCCUGUCCAGUUGAUGCUAUUGUUGAAGGUCCAAAUUUUGAGUAUUCAACUGAAACUCGAGAAGAAUUAUUGUAUAAUAAGGAAAAACUGCUUCAGAAUGGCGACAAAUGGGAAGCAGAAAUCAACGCUAAUCUCCAGGCCGAUUAUUUGUACCGAUAA